AUGCACCCCCGCCGGCAAUCGGCUUGGUUUGAAUUUGUUUCAGACGAGGCCGGUCCUUCUCUGUGUUAUGAUGCGGACCGUCCCUUGCAAUUAAUGCGCACCGCAGGAUCGUUGCAGAAUCGACAUCCCGUGCUGACCUGCUUCUUGGGUCGGGGCCGUAAGGACCGAGCGCUGCGCUGUCUCUUCCCGGACAACCCACUGCAUAGAACCACCGGGUUUCAACUGCGGGUGGACCACCGAACGUUGUACUCCCAGCGGCCUGUCCUCUUCGCGGACGGCGACCCCCGCCAAAGCUGGCAACCCUGCGGGGUCAGCUCACCACCGAGAGUCGAGCAGAUCUCAAUUGGUUGGGCGCCCAACCCAGACCCGCAGGUAUAUAAUGUCCUCCUCGCACGGGCACUGCUUCCAUUUUCCCACGUAUUAUGUCUGUUUGCAGAAGAUCUGGGAGGAGUUGAGCAAGCCGCCAAUCUGCUUGACGGUUGGGCACGUGUGGGGCGCGGAGCCACACAACCAUCCAUGCGACCACGCCUGAUUGUGGCGGUCGAGGCGGAUGAAGGACAUGACCCUGAUAAAUUCCCUUUCUUCCAGCGACCGGACGCUCCGGAGCUGUAUUCUAGCGUCCGUCUUUUCUACGUAUCACAGCAGAACUCACUAUCCGACGAGGCUCGGUACCGACCUUUGAAGGAGGAGAUUUUCAAAGCCCUGGAUUGGGCUGCUCGAGAUCGACAGGAGACCGGAACGUUUUUUUCAGCAGCUCAUUUGCCUGGAUUGCUGGAACAAGCGGUCCGACACACAGCACGGAGCCCCCAGGAGCCCUUUAACUUGAUUGAUGCCUCUCGUCCUUUGUCUGACCCUAUAGGAUGGACAACACACCUCAGCCACUUUCUCCAUCAAGGGACGGGUAUCCCUUCUAAGACGCAGGACGCCAUCAUUGCAUCGAGCCUGUUAGUUGACGCGUUUCCUCCGGAUACCCACGCAUUUCACCCCAGGGAUCUAUACCGACAGCGCUACUGGCAGCAGUGCCUUGACGCCCUGCAGCACAUAGUGGGCUUCACUGCAGCAGUACACCGGUCACAAUCGAUUGAGUCUCGACUGGUUGACGCAUAUGCUUGCAUGCUGGCGCGGCAAGUGCCCCCUUGGGAUUCCCACUUGUGUUACCUGCAAGAGCUGCAACCUUUAUUCCAGCAACUCUUUAGCAACCGCACAUGUCUGAGUUGUCUUCUUUAUAGUCCUCAGCAUUCUCUUGACUGUGGUCAUGCCAUCUGUGACAGCUGUGUCGAGCGCUGCGGCAGCCCGCGGCCACGGGCGGAAUCUGUCUAUGUGGUGGAUCGGUGCCCGCUGUGCCAGCGAGCAUGCACGGCGUGCGUGACACUGCUUCCUCGCACCGCUGCUGUGCGCGCCCUCGCUGUGGACGGGGGAGGUGUUCGAGGUGUAGUGUCUCUGCAGAUUCUGAUGGAACUGCAGGAUUUGCUGGGACCGAUCUGUCUGUUGCAGGAGUUGUUUGACGUCGCAUUUGGGACCAGUGCCGGUGGCCUUAUUGUGCUGGAUAUUUUUGCCAGGCGGAAGCCCAUUGCCCAAUGCCUCGAUGCUUUCCAACGUCUUCUGUUUGAUUUCUUUAACAGUCAGCCACAGCCCCGCCGCCUGCUCGCAUGGCCACGUCGGAUCAUACGUAGUGCCAUGGGUCGUGGGCUGUACGAUUCGGAGAAGGCCGAGUCGCUUCUCCAGCAACAUUAUAGCAGCAACCAGCGGCUUUUUGGGCCAGGCGGUUUGUCGGGGACCAAGAUUGCUGUAACUACGACGACUGCAGAGGACACAGUCAUCUUAACCAACUACAAGUCUUCGUUAGCGCGGCCAAGAAAUGCUGGGUACCGCGACCUCUCUGUCUGUAGCCCUGAGGAUGAGCCGUUUAUUUGGCAAUGUGCACGUGCUACAUCGGCUGUCCCGAUGCUAUUUGGUCCGUUUGCGCUGUCAACCCUUGGCGACUGCUGGGACGGAGGUCUGGAAAAUAAUAAUCCAGCCGGUCUGUGCCGACAGGAACUACAGUACAUGUGGCCCUGGCGGCCACCUCUGGGCAUUCUCUUGAACAUUGGCGCUGGCGAAAGGGCCGAAGAGGCAUGCCGAUCUCGGACUGGACCACACCCCCCUCGUUCCCUGGCUCGUAGGCAUUUUUUGUGGCCGGUGUUACGUUCGUUCAUGAAGACCAUGGAUGGUAAAAUAUCCUGGCUCCGACUUUGGCACCACACAGCAUGCUCAGAGAGAGAGCCUCUGUCACGGCUAGAUAUCCAGCUCUCUGGACCUGAGCCGCGUUUGGAUGCCGCUCACUGUAUGAGUGAUUUGAUCCAGCAGGCCGCUUUGCAGGGAGUCGGAGAUCACGGUCGUCGGUGCCUGCUAAGGUUGCUAGCCCAAAGUUUGUUUUUUGAACUAGUGGCCGCCCCGGAACGAGACAUCAACAGUUGGUCCUACCGAUGCCGGGGUGUCAUCCGGUGUCGUGUUCCUGGAGAUGCGUUGAUUAGUGCACUCCAGCAUGUAGACACAUCGCAGAAGGAAUUUGUCUUCGGCAACCGACCACUGCGGAUUAAUGCGAGCGAAGACGCAGUGUGCCAUAAGUGCGGGCGUUACUGCGUGCCGGUCCAGUUCUCCGUCGACCGUUUGGACGAUGUGAUCGUGUUGUCGGUUCGGCUGGAAGAUGGGGCGCGGUAUCCCGUGGGCGGGUUUCCUAACCCGAUGCGUUGGUUUAUGGACCGUCAAGGAGUAUCCCCAAUGUUUGGUUUCUCUGGCCCUUGGCUGGCCUCCCGGGACGACUGUGUGGCGUGUGAGAAACGGCUGAUUUCACGACGCAACCUACGUGUGAGGCAAUUGCAGGCUCGGCGGGUAGUUCGGAUCGCCCGUGCAAACUCCUACUCUGCACAGCGGGCGUCUAUAGUAAAUUAA